AUGUUUUUUGUUUGUCUUCUAGUUCAUAAAAUCUCAGGUGGAGAAACGUCGCAGGGAGAGGAUGAACUACAGUCUGGAGUGUCUGAGGAUCAUGUUGAUUCAGGAGCCACCACAACCGGGUGGGACUCAGCACAGAGUGGAGAAAGCUGAGAUACUCGAGCGCACAGUCCUCUUCCUGCAGAACACUGCCAAAGGAGACAAGACGAGAGCUGGCGGAGGCCAGAAACACUCCUUCCAAGACGGCUUCUCCACCUGCCUGCAGACAGCUGAACAGUUCCUGGGACCUGAGGGGAGAGGCCUGGGGCUUGGUGCAGCACUGGAGGCAUCUCUUGCCACUCGAUUUUCCCAUUCAGACUCCGACUCUGCAGCUGUUCAAAAUAGAACUGAAGCUCAUUCCUCCACCAGCUCUCUGCCACACAAAAAGUCCAUUCUUCACAUGCUGAGCCAGAAGUCCAAGCACAGACGGCACAAUCCAGCCUUCAGUGUUGCUCAUCCGUAUCGACUUCCGGUACAGCAGGGGGUCCCCCGAAUUCCCCAACAGGGUCAGAGACUUAAUCAGCUUGAGAUAAGACGAGUAAGCAAGCAGAGCCAGUCCCAGAGCCAGUCCCAGAGCCAGUCCCAGAGCCAGUCCCAGUGCCAGUCCCAGUGCCAGUCCCAGAGCCAGUCCCAAAGCCAGUCCCAAAGCCAGUCCCAGAGCAGUCUGGUCAGCCAGACUUUAUGGAGGCCCUGGCCCUGA